AAUGUACUUUCAUCAGAAAAUUGUAUACUUUCCUCAAAGAUUUGGGAGCUUUAGGCAGUCAACCCCAGAGUCGAAGCAAUCUUGAAGAUGGCUCAAAACAACCCAGGUGUUACGCCAAAGAAAGUUACCUUAACAAACAUGUACGGUGAGAAGCUUGUGGGUUUAUUGCAUGACACUGGAUCUCCAGAUAUUGUGGUCUUGUGUCAUGGUUUUCGAUCAUCAAAGGAGUUCAAAAUUAUGGUCAAUAUUUCUAUUGCCUUGGAGAAAGAAGGAAUUAGUGCAUUUCGCUUCGACUUUUCUGGAAACGGGGAAAGCGAAGGGACAUUUCAUUUUGGUCACUAUAUGAAAGAGGUUGAUGAUUUGCAUUCUGUGGUUGAACAUUUCAUCGGGGAAAAACGGAGAGUAGCUGCCAUUCUUGGACAUAGUAAAGGAGGCAACGUUGUGCUCCUGUAUGCAUCCAAGUAUCAUGAUGUUCCGACUGUGGUCAAUGCUUCGGGCCGCUAUGUUAUGGGGAGAGGCAUUGCAGAACGUUUGGGUAAUGACUUCUUGGAAAGAAUCAAGAAAGACGGAUUUCUAGAUGUGAAGAAUAGAGCCGGAGAGGUGCAAUAUCGCGUUACUGAGGAAAGCAUGAUGGACCGACUCAAUACUGACAUGCACAAAGCGUGUACCCAAAUUGACAAUGAAUGCAGGGUAUUGACCAUUCAUGGAACCAGCGACGAGAUCAUUCCUGUGGAAGACGCGUUUGAGUUUGACAAGAUCAUACCGAACCACAAAUUACACAUCGUAGAAGGGGCGAGCCACGAUUAUCAGUCGCACCAAGAUCAAUUAGUCUCCGUCGCUGUGUCCUUUAUAAAGGAAGGUCUGCACCAGAAGUAAAAUACCCAAACUACUCAGUUCUGCAUGAAAUCUCUGUUGAGGUCUCAGUUGGAGUAGUUCUUGGCUUCUUUUGAUGCUUUUGUAACCCCGGGUAGCAAGGCGUUAUCGCCCACGGGAGAAGACUGUAAUCAUUAUUCUGAUAUCGCGAGUGUUGUUGUUGUUGAGCAUAAUAUAUACAUAAAAUAAUAAAUAUGCAGUUUCGCUAUCAACUUCAGCACUAUGUUCAUCAGCUCAUGUGUUGUAAGCCUAUCAAAAACCAUUCAACAAAUGUGAAACAACAAUGGUUAAAGUGUUUGUUGUUUACCCUUUUCCUA